CAGAGAAUUCAGGCAGAGAGAGACACAGAAAGAUCGAACAGAGACAAAUCAGAGACAGAGAUAAGAGAGAUGAGACCAAGAUAGACAGAUAAGAUAUAGCAGAGAGAAAUCAGUGGCAGAGAAAUCAGAGAGAGAUAGAGAUCAAUCAGUCUGUGAGAAAUGAGAGAUAGACAGAAAUCAGAGAGAGAUCUGACAGAGAGAGAUAAAGAAAAAUGGGAGAGACAUCAGGAGAGAGAUCAGACAGACAUAAAUCAAACACACAGAGAGACAGAGAUCAGGCAGCCAGAGAGAAAUGGGAGACAGAGUGAUCAGACAGAAAUCAGAACAAAGAGAAAUCACAGAGAAAGAUCAGAGACAGAGAGAAAGCAGGCAUAGAUAGAUCAGACAGAGGUAGGUCAGAGAGACAGAGAUCAGAGACAGAAAGAGAUCAGAACGAGAGCACACAGAAAGAGAAAUCAGACAGAUCAGAGAGAUAUCAGAGAGACAGAGAUUAAAAAAAAAAACAGAUUUGACUGAGACAGAGACAGAGAGAAAUCAGAUACAGAGAGAGGCCUGAAGGUAGAGACCUGGGAGUUUUCUGCCCAAGAAUGUUCAGGGAACGAAUGGGAGAGGACAAGAUCAGGAAGAGGGAGAAGGGGCAGCGUGGGACGCAAAGGGGACACAGAUAGAGACACCACAUCAUUGACUCCUGGAAACUUUCUCUGGGCCUUCAGAUGGCCAUACUGGGGGGAGUGGGGAGUGGGGAGUAAAACUGGUCUGCAAGUCAGCGCAGGCGCAGAAGGAAUGAUACUGCGGAUGUGGGACUGCAGACUGAGGGACCACAGCGCAGAUGUUUCUGCGCAGGCGCAUAACAACACCGGCUCCCUCCUCCGCCUCUAGCAGAUUUCGCGCAGGCUCAGAAGGAGGGAUACUGCGGCGGACUCCGAGAGGGGUGGGGUCGCCGGGGGAGAGACUGGUGCGCAGGCGCACAACAACCCUCCAUCCCUCUCCCAGUCCCGGACCCUACGCAGGCGCAGAAAGGGAGUUACUGCGGCUGACUAAGGGCGGAGGCAUGGCAGAAUGGCUGUCGCGCAAGCGCACACAAAUACUCCGUCUCUCCCCUCUUUCGGGUUUUACGCAGGUGCAGAAGGAAACCAACUGCGGCAAACUGAGGGUGGGGUCGAUGCGGCAAGGCUUCUACGCAGGCGCAUUCCAGCCCUCCUAUUCUUUCCCCCUCCCAGGCUCCCAGGUUUGCGCAAGCGCAGAAGGAAAUUUCUGAUGGUGUUGCUGUCAGAAAUUGGGGUCUGGGCCCUUUUGCAGCUGGUGGUCUUGGACUGAGUGGUGAGGGGUACCCAGUCUUGGGAGCGGGUGCGGGAGGCAGAGUUGCGGGAUUGCGUGGUGGAGAGAAGGAGAGGAUCUGCGUGGCGGCGCGAGUGGAGGUCGGAGUCCCCUGGACACUGACCACUGCCGCUGCCGCCGCCGCCUCUUCUGCUGGGGUUCGGCGAUCGCGGGCUUCUCUGGUGGCCGCCGCGUGUGCUGAGCCUUGCAGGUGUCAGAUCUCCUCGGUGCCCGCCGCCUCCUGGGCCUUGCCGCUGUUGGAUCUGCACGGUGUCCGUCGCCUCGCCUGUGUGUUGCCGCUGUCGAAUCUCCCAGGUGCCCGCCGAGUCUGCUGGACGUUGCCCGUGCCGGGCCUCCCCGGAGGCCUCCCUCACGCGCCUGCAUCGCCUCCCGGAGCCGGUCGCCAGGCUCUGAGGUAAGGGCCAGACUUGGCCUUGUCUAUGUCUGCCGGACUAGAGAAGGAAGCUGGGGUUGGCGGUGGCUGCAGAGGGGCUGAGAGUGUCCGGGACUGAAUAGCCAAAGUCAGCAUCGGACUUUGUGGAUCGUGGACUGGACUGGGCUGAGCACCCUUGCUGGGGACAAGGAACGAGUAAUUAAAUAGACUUGGUGAUCGGGUUGUGGUGGUUGUGGUGGUGGUGGUGGUGGUGGUGGCGGUGGCGGUGGCGGUGGCGGCGACGUUGGGGCUCCUCUGUCCCUACUGAGAAAUAAAAUGUCUAAGAGAAAAGAGGAGGGUUUCCCCCAGGCUACGUGUCACAAAAGAGCAAGGCCAAGGCCCGAGGGGGACUCAGAUGAGGACCUGGAGAGGGUCUUCUUUGAGGGUGUGUCUCACCAGACCGUUGUAACCCAUGAUAAUGUUUCAUCUUUUCAAAAUGCUGCGUCUUUUCAAAAUGUUGCGCCGCCACCUGCAAAUGUUGCUCCUCAGUGGACCUCGGAGGAGGUCGGGGUCAUUGAAAGCAUCCAUGUGGAGAAUUUUAUGGGCUAUUCCUCCCUUGGGCCAGUGUAUUUUGGACCUAAUAUCAAUUUUGUGGUGGGACGCAGUGGGAAGAAUGCAUUGUUAACAGCUCUGAUAGUUGGGCUCGGUGGAAAGUCGCUGGGAACGCCUUUGAAAGACUUGGUGAAAGAUGGAGAGGUUUCAGCUCGCAUCUCCGUGUCGUUAAAGAACAAAGGGGAGGAUGCUUUCAAACCUGAGUUUUACGGGCACUCCAUAAUCAUACUGCAUUACAUCGGUGUGGAUGGGAGCACCAGCUGUGAGCUACGGAAUCAGGCAGGGCACUUGGUUUCUGUGCAGAAGGAAGAGCUCAUUGCCAUUCUUGAGCAUUUUAAGAUUCGGGUAGAUAAUCCAAUGUCGGUUUUACCCCACGAGAUGGGCAGGCAGUUGUUGCGGAUCAGAAAUGAAAGCGAUAGAUACAAAUUGUUUCUGAAAGUGACUGAGCUUGAGCAGAUGAGAGAGGAGUGUAAGAAAAUUUUGGAGAGAAAGGCCAGAAACCUGCACGACAUUGAACAAGGUCAAGAGCAACUUGACCUAAUCCGAAGGCAGGGCCUAGAGAUAGAAGAGCAUUUCAAGACUAUGGAUGCCUUAGAGAAACAAUUAGAGGACUUGAGACAUGAGAAGACGUGGGCCCUGGUGAAUGAAACCGAGAGAACAAUUGGUAAUAUGAUAACUAAUAUAAAUGUGGAAGACCAGCUUACCAUGAUUUUAAAUCACGACCUGGAGGUUUCCAGAGUCACAUACAAUGAAUCCUUACAGAGGUACGUAGCCAUUCAUGAGAGUGUGCUUAAGUUAAGUGAAGAAGCUGCCCUAUUAGAGCCCAAAUGCCUUGAGGCAAAAGAAGAUGCUAAGAGGAGGGACAGGGCUUAUCGCCAAGCUAUGGCUUUCUAUAAUUACUCCCAGAAUGAAUUGAUCAAAUUAGACAAAGUUGCUGAAGAGCUUCACGCCAAAAUUGUACAAGUGAAAAAGAAUUUGGAGCUAGCGGAGUUGGAAAAACAGAAAAAGAUUUCUGUGUUAAAGGAAAAGAUAAAUAACUUUAAGGAGCAAGAAGAUUCACUUGUUCAGGAAAUAAAGUAUCUUCAUCAGUCCAUAGAAAAAGAUGACGAGGAGCACUCUAGGAUCAGGGAAGAAGAGUCCUAUGUGCAGGAAAUACUGAAUGAGGAGCAACAGCAGCUAAACCAUUUGAGAGACUAUAAAACUGACCCACUAAAACGAUUUGGGCCCCAGAUUCCAGCCCUUCUGGAGGCAAUAGACGAUGCCCAUAAGCAAGGAUACUUUACCUUCAAACCCAUAGGCCCCCUGGGAGCUUGCAUAAGGGUUCGGGACCCAGAAUUUGCUUUGGCUAUUGAGUCUUGCCUAAAGGGCCUUCUCCUUGACUUUUUUUGUGACAACCACAAAGAUGAGCAAAUCCUUCAGGAGCUGAUUAAAAGGUUCUAUGCAGUGGGCUCUACCCGACCCCAGGUAAUUGUGUCACCCUUUGCGUGUGAGUUGUAUGACGUAACAGAGAGAGCAGCUUCUCACCCAGAAUUUCCAACUGUUCUUGCAGCUUUAGAAAUAAAUGAUGCAGUGGUGGCCAAUACUUUGAUUGACCUGAGGGGCAUAGAGCAAGUGCUCCUUGUUAAAAGUAGUUCUUUUGGCAAUGCAGUGAUGCAUGUUCAGGCACCCCCCAAGAACUGUAGCAAAAUUGUGAGUGCUUGUGGUGACCGAGUUUUUGAGGUGCGCUAUUAUUCCUGUGAAGAUCUGAGACCCAUUUACUUAGGGGAUAUGGAAAUAGAAAUAAAUCAUUUGCAGAAAGAAGUGGAAAACAAAAUGGCUCAGCUGUCAGCAUUUCAACAGCAUGUGUAUUCACUUCAAAAUGACAUCAGGAAGAAUCGAGACACCAUUGACACUCAUUACCGACAUUUGAGAGACAUCAAGGUUAAAGUAAUAAGCAUCACUUCAGAAAUAAGAGAUCUUGAGGAUGAAGAGGAAAACCAGUCGAUAGAUCUCUCAAUCCUGGAAGACGAAGCUCAAGAAAUUAAAGUCGAGAUGAAAGAAGUCGAGGAGAAGAUAAGACUUCGAAGGGAAGAGAUGGAGAACUUAAGGCAACCAAAAAUAGAGGCCGAACAGAGACAUGAAGAGUUAAAGCUGAAAUUCAGUAAGGUCUCAGAAUUAGUUGAAUCCCUGAUGGAAGAACGAAACCAGACUGGUUUAGAAGUGAAUGCUCAACACCAAUCUCUGAUGCAUUAUCAAAGCAGGCUCAAACAACACGUAGAUGCUGUCCAGGUGAUCAAAGAAGAGCUGGUGAUCAAAGAGAGAGAAUUUGAGAGGGAAAUAGUUGAAGCAAGCUACAUCUGUCCCCAGCGUAUAGAAGUUACCAGAGCUUCUGAUGUUCUGGACCGAGAAAUUGAUAUGUUAACCCAGAGGAUCCAGUCAGAAAACUUCACUCACAGAAGCCAGGAAGAAGUCAAGUUGCAGUACCAUGAGAUAAAAGAAAGAUAUCUGGAUCUGAGUGGAAAAGUGUUUAAUAUGAAAAACCUGACUGAGACACUGGAUGAAAUAUUGUUUCAGAGAUAUGAGAACUACCAGAAAAGUAGACAAAAUCUUUCUCUGCAGUGCAAGUUGUUCUUUGACAGUUUACUAUCUCAAUGGUCCUUCUCUGGGGAGUUGCGUUUUAAUCACAGGAGCGAGACCCUUUCUAUCAAGGUCCAACCUUGUGGUGACAUGCCUGCCUUAGCAGCAGGUAGGCAGGCCUUCUCAAACUUUUUGUUCUUUCUCACUCUGUGGUCUGUCACAGAAUCUCCCUUCAGAUGCCUGGAUACAUUUGACAUCUACAUGGACAGGAAGAGCCGAAAAGUCGCCAUGGACAUGCUCCUCAAGAUAUCCAACUCUUACCAGAACCACCAGAUCAUCCUGCUCUCUCCACAGAACAUGAGCUCUCUUCCCCUGAGUCCCCUCAUUGAAGUAUUCGAAAUGCCUGACCCUGACCUUGGAAGGGAGAAGAUGACCUUCCCUUUUGCCACAGGCAAUCCCGAAGAACAACAUUGAAUUUUUAAUUUCGUGUGAUAGUGCUGUCUACUCAUUGUGGUAUUUUAUAUAUUUUUUUCUUAAAGUGUCUGCAGUGUUGUGUUCAAAAUCUCCCCACUUUGAAGAAAUAUGUUGAAAAUAAUUAAAAGUAUUUCAGAAAAAAACAAAAUUGUUAACAGGAAGGGGUACAGCAUCACUCCCCCACCAGGCCCCUUCCAUCAAGAUGUAGAAAACACACCAGACCAAAUUCUGACCUGGAAAUCCAAGAAAAAAAUCACCAGCACCUGGCAGCUGAGGGAGAAAGACGUAGAGAUCUGUGGACACUGGGGUUGGGGUCUCGGCCUGCAGCAUUGCAGCACCCAGGGACCGAAAGAGAGCUAAGACUGGGCACCUGGGAAGGAAGCACUAGGUGUAUUAAAGUAAAAUCAUUUCCUGUGACAUAACUGAUUGUAUUUUUAAUUAGGCCACUGUUUUGUGUUGAAGUGUUUUGAUGUUUCUUUUUCACAACUUGUUUUUCAAUGUAAAAAUAAGCUUAUGUGUUGUAUAGGUUGGUAUAUAACAUGUGUGUUGAUAGACAACUGAUAAACAUAUUCAAUGUCCCUAUAUGACAACCCACCUGUGGGAAUUUUUGUAAUCAGCCUCACCGUUAACUUAUAUCAUCAGUUAUCAAUGAAAUUAAUUGGUAAACAAAUCAGUUUACCGGCCACCAAUCAGAACUUGGGUAUAACCAGCGAAUGCCCAUACCUAAGUAAGACCUUUGAGAAACAAACUGGUGGCCCCAGUCUUCAACCAGCUUUUGGGUUAAGACUAACCCUUGCUCCUGUGUUCCCUACACUUGUGACUCCACUUUUACAUCAUGUUUGCUUGAAGAAUUUGCUGAUUGACUGUCAAGGAUUUUGUAGACUUGCCAGACAACCACUUCAUCGGGAGACAGAUGGCUUCUUGUUGGAUAGAGAGAGAAGGAACUUUGUCAUCGAGUGCUAGCUGGAGUCAUGCUUUUGAUGUGCAAGUGCUGUGAUUUCAUCAUUGGUGCCUUUGUGACCCUAUUGCUGCUCUCAUCGUUGCUUAUUUCAUCACCCAUCCUAUCCUAAGUAUCACCUCAUCGUACCUUCUUGCAGCCCCUUGCAACCAAGAACAGCCUCACCCUCUGGUUGCUUAUUCGAUAUCCAGCUGCUCCUGUAAGUCACUGUUGUGACAGACAGGAUGCCCAAGGAUACAAAACAUUGCCAAUGUGACAGUGGGGACUGCCUCCUUAGAUACCCCAUCACAAUUUGAGGGGUUACAACCUUUGGAUUUGCCUGAGACACAAGACAACCUCACCAAGAUAUACCAGUGAUUGCUCACCUAUCACCAACAGGUGGUGCGGGCAAUCAGAGACUUUAGCCAUGCCUGCCCUAAAGAAAGACAAAUGCCGGAAGGACACUGCAGUGAUCAUCGGACGGAGAAUCGCAGGGCAUCAUCGGCUCGAGUGGAACAUCAUCAAGAGGCCUUGUAACAUGUUCUCUUAUACCAGUUCCUGGCUUGGUUUGCAGAGUUCUUGCUAUGAGAGAACAUGGGACAAAUGGAUAGACAUUGUCAUAAUGUAUUAAGAAUAUAUUUAAAAACGUGUUAAUGCUAAGUGUAUUAAUGAUGCUUGUGUGUUCUCACCUUAAACGAUGUAAAAACAUUGAGUGUUUGGAAUUGCAAUUUGAUUGUAUUAGUGAUAAUUAUCAUACUUUUCAUCAACUAUCCUAGAUGGCUGCAGGGAUAACCAGCAGCCAAAGGGUGGCUAUAGUGAGAAUACUUUUGUUGCCUUGAUAUAACUGACUCCAUUUUUUAUUUGGUCACUAUUUUGUGAUGAAGUGUUUUUAUGUUUGUUUUUUGUAGCUUCUCUUUAAAUAUUAAGAUUAGCAUUUUGUUGUAUAGGUUGGGAAACAACACGUGUGUAUUCAGAAACAACUGAUAAAUAUAUGUGACACCCCCCCCCAUAUAGGACAGACCACCAAUGGGAAAUUUUGAGAAAGAACCUCACCGUUAGCUUAUGUCUUCAGAUAUCAGUCCAGUGAAUUAAUAAACGAAUUUGGUCACGAGUCGCUAAUCAGAACUUUGACGUAACAAGCUAAUGCCCAUAACUAGAACUAGAGAAACUUACUGGAAGCCCUCCCUCUCAGCCUGCUCUUGGAUGGAGGCUGAGCUGGGCACUUGUGUUCCCCACACAAGCCCCCUCCCCAGAACUCACACCCAUAUCCACUUGAGGACAGUGCUAAUUGAUUGCUGGAGAUUUGCCAAUUUGCCAGCCAGUGACCUUCAGGGGUGACAGCCUCUGGAUGGGUAAGAAAGGACCCAUGUUUUUGGAUACAGUAUGAGUUAUGCUUACUGGUAAGCAUGAAGAAAAUACGGUUGGUGGUUUGUUCCUAAUGGGGUUAAUGUUUUAUUUUGUAAUAUUUAAUAUGAACCACAGUAACCUAGUGUUUGAUGAACCCAAAGACCCAAGUGAUUGGGGCAAGAACUCACUAUUUGAUAAAUCUGCUGGGAAAACUGGAAAGGAGGCUGUUAGAAACUAGCCAUAGACGAGCAUCUCCCACUGUAUACCAAGAUAAGCUCAAAAUGGAUACAUGAUUUAGACGUAAAAGGGUGAUACCAUAAGGAAAUUCAGGAGUAUGAAAGAAAUCACCUGUAGUUCUCUAGAUAAGGGAAAAAUUAAUCACCUGACAAGAGACAGAGGGAAUCCCAGUAGGUGAAAUGGAUCAUUUGAAUUACAUGAAAUUAUUAAGGUUUCACACAUUCAGAAUUUGAAGAAAAUCAGGAAACCGGGAGAUUUUUUUUUUUUUACAAAAAGUUCCUCUGAUAAAGAUCUCAUUGCUCAAAUUUACAGGAAUCUGAUCUGAGCCAAAUGUGGAAAAAUCAAACCCACUCUUCCACUGAUAAAUGGUCAAAGGAUAUGAACAGGUAAUUUUCAGAAGAAAAAGUUGAAACUAUUGAUAGUUACAUGAAAGAAUGUUCUAGAUCGCUAAUAGUUGUUAAAAAUGCAGAUUAUAACAACUCGCAGAUCCCCUCUCACCCCUAUUAGAUUGACUUAGGUGAUAGAAAAAAAUGACAUUUGCUGGAGGGAGUGUGGGAAGAUAGAGAAACUCAUGCAUUAUUGGUAUUAUGGACGUGAACGAGUCCUCCCCAUUGGGAAGACAGCCCAAACAGUCAGAGAGCUCUGUGUACCCUUUGACCAAGAAAUACUGUAGCUCCAAACCCCAAGGAGGUCACAGAAAAAAAGAAAACAAUCCAUAUGUACAAAAAUAUUUGUAGUAACUUUUUUUUGGAGUGGCAGAGAAUUGGAAGCUGAGGGGAUGCUUAUCAAUCGGGGAAUGGCUGAACAGGUUUUGGUAUAGGAUGGUAAUGGAAUGUUAUUGUUUCUGAAAUAGUGAAGGGUUGAUUUCAGGAAAACCUGGAAAGGUAUGGAUUGACAGAAGGAAAAGUAAGCAGAAAUCUGAGAACAUCUUACACCUUAACAGCAAUAUCUUAAAGAUAAUCAACUGUGAAAAAACUUAACUACACUGAUCAAUACGGUUAUUCAUGACAACUCCAAAGGACUCACGAUGAAAAAAGCUAUCCCCUUCUAGAGAGAGGAUUGAUGAACUUGAGCGCAGAUUGAGACAUAUUUUUUUCACUUUAUUUUUUUGCGACAGGGUUAAUGUGGAAAUGUGUUUUGCAUGACUAAUUAUGUAUAACGGGGAUCGGGGAUCAUAUUUCUUGCCUUCUCAAUGGCAGAGGGGUGGGGAGGAAGUGUGGGGGGGGAGGGAGGGGAGGGAAAAAAAUCCAAAAAAAAAUUAAAUGGUGAAUAUAACUGAAUGUUUGCAUGCCCUUAAUGAAUAAAGUGAUUGUUAAGCAUCAA